UUCUGAUAUCCAACAGACCAGCCCUUCAUGAUUUCGGCCCCUACGUAGGUGUUGUGUGGUAUUGUGGCCGCACGCCUGAAACUUCGAGUUGAUAACCCUAACCGGAUAAAAGUUGCCUCGGUUGAGCGCGGUGGGGUGCUGCAUUUUCAAUGCAAAACCCUAAGUUGGCAACAUCAUUUUGUUGGCAAGCUUGCCAUGACCGGAUCUGAGUCCAUCCCACAUUUGGAAUCUUAACGUCCCUCAUUGCUCAUAUCACAGCGAUCGGAAACAUGGGUCCCAAGCCGGGCCAAAAGACAGUGCUCAUCACCGGCUGCACCCCAGGCGGGAUUGGCCAUGCGCUGUGCAUGGAAUUCCACGCCAAAGGCGUGCACGUCAUUGCGACGGCGCGAAACCCCGCCGUGCUUUCCGAGAUGGCCGCCCUCGGCAUGACCACGUUCCCCCUCGACGUCACCGAUGAGGAGAGCAUCAAGGCCUGCCAUAAGGCGGUAUCCCAUCUCACCGGCGGCAAGCUCGACAUUCUCGUCAACAACGCCGGCCGCACCCACACACACCCAGCAACCGACAUCUCCCUCCCCGACGUCCGACAGACCUUUGAAACCAACGUCUUCGGCGUCAUGGCCAUGUGCGCGGCCUUCGCCGACCUGCUGAUCGACUCGCGCGGCCUCAUCAUCAACAUCGCCUCCCUCGCCGCCAUCACCCCCUACGUCUUCGGCUCCGUAUACUGCGCCAGCAAGGGCGCCGUGACGUCCUAUUCGCGCACCCUGCGCCUCGAGCUCAAGCCCUUUGGCGUGCGCGUCAUGGUCGCCAUGGCGGGCACCGUCCGGAGCAGGAUCGCGAGCCACGCGCACCGGACGCUGCCCGAGAACAGCAUCUACCAGCGGGUGAGGGGCAUGUUUGAGAGGCGGUUGACGUUCUCGCAGAAUAAUGCUACCGUCGAGACGGGGGAGUUUGCGAGGAAAUUGGUGGCCAAGGCGUUGGCGCCGGAGUGGCCUUUGAUAUUGAGGGCGUGGUUCGGCAGGCCGGAUUGGUUUUGGGCGGGGGGUUGGGCGACUGGGGUGUGGUUUGCUACUUGGCUUGGGGAGUGGGUGCUGGAUUUUGUCAUGUAUCGCAUGAUUGGGAUGAAGCAGCUUGAGGGGGUGUUGAGGGAGGAGGAGAGGCAGAAGAAGCUGAAGUGAGGGACCGGUCAGCAGUUACUGUAGCUUGGUACAGUGUUUUCGGGACACGCCUUCGGCGGCGCGUGAUAUCUGGUGUGAGUUUCCCCGGUACCUUCAGCAGAAGCUGUAGCAGUAACUAAGCACUUUUAUUCUAUAACUAUCCUUGUUAUUAGGUGAAAGGGUACAAGCGGAAAUCAUUAUCAUAACUAUACUUAUAUUGCUGGGGCUUGCUGGUCACUGCAACCGGGUGCGGCGAAGGACAACAACAUACAGCACCGGUAUAGAUCUUGCAUUUGGCUGCCGUCUACCUAGUCUGUGCGAGUGGUUAUAUCUAGCUGAUCGAGUGGUUGGUUACCUAAUCCCAGCAUGACCGACAAUACGACAGAGCCUGCCGUCGAUGCAUCAGCGAUCACUGACGGCAGGUCAACGGCAGAGCGACGGCAGUCGCCAACGAGCAA